AUGGUGUUACGUCGCAGUCUGCAACACGUGCUGAGGGCACCGCAGCAGACAAAACACUUUGCAUCUGCUAUAAAAAUGGCGAUAGAUAAUACUUCAUCAAUUGCAAGUAAUAAUGGAGCCAAAGAACUGGACUGUUGGAAGUGCCACCACGCAACAGACUGCUGCUCAUUUUUCUGCAAGUCAUGCAAUGUUAUCCAGCCUAUCGACAAAGGUUGCCACUGCGACUUCUUUGAGAUUUUUCGAGUCCCCAAAACUUUUGAUAUAGGACAGCGUGCCAUUGAGCGAACGUAUUGGGACCUACAGAAACGUUUGCAUCCCGACUUGUACGGAUCUAAGUCACAGACCGAAAAAGAAAUUGCUGCGGUAAACUCUGCUGUAGUUAACGAUGCGUACAAGAUGCUGAAGAAGCCUAAUAUGCGUGUCAAGUACCUACUAGCGCUGCAUGGGAUUGAUGCACUUGGUGAGACUGCGAGCACGGAUGUUGAUCCUGAACUUUUGAUGCAGACGAUGGAAAUAAGAGAGCGAAUUGCUGACACAACUGACCCAAAUGCGCUGCACGAGAUUCGCGAAGAGGUUUCAAGGCACAUCGAUGCUAUCAUUAAAAAUUUGAAAGAAGUGUAUGACAUGAAGCAAGACCUUACUGCCACGACGCGAUACGCCAUUGAGCUUCAGUACAUGGUCAAAUGUGCAGAAGAAAUCGAAAUGAAAGAGGAAAAGUUAGACGGAUAA